AUGGCAAGAUACCAGGCUCACCAGCGGCGCGAGCCAACAAUUAUUGCCAUGAUCGUCCUGGAUGACACUGGUAUCGGCCUCGUCAUCAUGUGCGAAAUCCUUAUUGCUUUAGCAGGAGGCACCAUUGUCAUGGUAGAGCCGAUCGCUAUCAUGGACUUUGUUCCACGUCGGCAUGUUGCCAUCGGCCUUGUACUUCUUUCCAUGGCUACUAUUGUCGAUGGCGCCAUUGGCUCGUCAAUCAGUGGAGCCAUCUGGACCAUUUUGAUGCCCUCCAAGUUAGAGAACUACCUUCCGGACGAGCUCAAAAGCGAAGCCCUCCAUAUUUACGGGGAUCUGACGAAGCAGAUAUCAUAUGAAUGGGGAACCCCCGCGAGAUAUGCAAUCGUACUUGCCUACGGCGAAACGCAGAAGAUCAUGAUUGUUACGUUGUUGGUAGGAUUGGCGGGCCCUAUCCUCUGGGUUUACUUGAUGAAAAACCACAAGCUGAGAGAGAAAUCACAAACCAAGGGUGUCGUCUUCUGA